UCAUUGCUAUGAUGUCUUUAGUCUGUGGGCGAUAUUCGAUUCCUUUUCAGUGGACACGAGGUGUUUCUAAUGUUUUGAAUUUGAUUUCUGCAAUUUAUAAAUAUUUCACUAAUAAAAUUAGUCUCGAGAAAUAAAAUAUGAAGUGAAAAAAGUUCUAUGGGGAUUAUUUUCUUGCCUGCUGUCGGUGUAGUAUUGAGCUGCGAUGAAUGCUGUGGGUGUAGGUAGCGAGGCCACCGGGGAGGUAGCCCUCCUAGUAGAUGAACUCAGUCGAGCCGUUGAGCUCACUUUGAUACCCACUGUGUCUCAUGAGGAGCGCAGCCAGGCCUACAAUGCAUGUGAAAGCUUCAAGGAGAAUUCGCCAUGGUGUGCCCAGGCUGGCCUUUUGCUGGCCAGUGGCAACCAAUAUUCCCCUGGAGUUAAACACUUUGGACUCCAGCUCAUGGAACACACUGUUAAAUACAGGUGGACACAAAUCACUCAAGCAGAGAAAAUAUUUAUAAAGGAGAAUGCAAUGAAACUCUUAUACCUAGGAGGUUGGGAGACCAGCCACUUGAACGAUGCUCUAGCUCGCGUCAUCGUGGAGAUGAUAAAGCGAGAGUGGCCUCAACAGUGGCCAACCUUGUUGGCUGAGCUCAGUGAUGCAUGCUCCCGAGGUCAUAGACAUACACAAAUUGUGCUGCAUGUGUUCCUGAGACUGGCUGAAGAUGUAGCUAUAUUACAAACAUUAGAAAACAAUCAACGACGGAAGGACAUAAACCAAGGCCUAACUAGCAAUAUGUCGGAGAUAUUCGCGUUCUUCAUGCGUCUCAUCGAGAUGCACGUUCAGGAGUUCAGAGAGAAGACUGCCGCGGGGGACUACGCUGCCGCCGCUAGCCAUGGACAAGUGGUGCAGGUUGUGUUACUAACACUCACUGGAUACGUAGAAUGGGUAUCCAUAAACCACGUAGUUAUGAACAACGGCCGCUUGCUACAAAUCCUUUGCAUUUUACUGCAAGACGAUGUCUUCCAGCUGCCCGCCGCCGAAUGUUUACUACAAAUAGUCAAUAGAAAGGGAUCUACUAAAGAAAGGAAACCCCUGAUAAUUUUAUUCAGUAAGGACGCGAUUUCGUGCAUCCAUCGGGCUGCAGUCGAUAGCAUCAAUACUGUAGACGAAGCUCAUUAUUUGUUCCUAAAGAAAUUCUCACAGGUCCUAGCCGGUCUAGCUCAACAACUAACAUCUCUCUAUAGCUGCGCAACUGACGUGGAAUCCUGGCUGCCGAUGCUUCUAGAAACAAUGUUACUGCUGACGUCACAUCCCUCACUGACACUCGCUCACACGGCUAACUCUGUGUGGUUGGCGUUCUUGAAACAUGAACAGAUAUCGAAACUGCCAUAUGUGUUAGCAAUCGUGCCGAGAUGGUUGCAAGCGUCUGCUCCGAAAGUUCUAAAGGUAUCAUACCCGUCGUCUCGUGUGAACAGUGCAAAUGACGCGGUAACGUACGCAUGUAUGGACUACGAUAGUGAACAAGAGUUCGCUACGUUCUUCGCGCGGUGUCGCACAGAAAUAUUAGAAAGUUUUAAAUUUUGCAUGAUAGCUGCUCCGCUAGUGACUUGGGGCUACGUGGAGCAGUGGACUCGCGCCGCGCUAGACAAGGUGGACACGUGCCCACAACAGAUGGACACGCAUCAUCCUAUGUAUAUCGAAUGGGAGGCUCUAUCUCAGGUACUGGACAUGGUACUAUCCCGGCUGCUGCAAGCGGAGCCGCGUCCCAGCGUGGUGGAAGGCUUGCAGCUGCUGCAGCGCUGCGUGGUGUGCUCGCCCACCGCGCCGCUCAUACUGUCGCUGCUGCUCUCCUUCAUAUCCGCGCUCUUCGUGUUCCUCAGCUGUGCCUACAGCCAGCUGGCUGGUCCGGGAGUAGGCGUGGCGGGCGCGGAGCUGCUGCCCCGCGUGCUGGACAAGAUCUUCGCGGCGCUCGUGUACGAGGGCUGCCCGCCCGACGACAGGCGGUCCCGCUCCGUCAAGAACGUCCGCCGACAUGCCGCGGGACUGCUCGUCAAGCUGGGCUCUAAGUACCCGCUGCUGCUGCUGCCGGUGUUCGGGCGGCUGCACGAGCUGUGCCGCGCGGCGCUGGCGCGGCCGGACCUCAGCGCCGUGGAGAGCGUCACGCUGCAGGAGGCGCUGCUGCUCGUCUCCAACCACUUCUGCUGCUACGAGAGACAGAGUGCUCUGGUGGCACAGGUGCUGGGCGACUGCAGCUCGCGCUGGGCCAGCCUGAGCCCGCACCUGUCGAGCGCGGAGGGGCUGGCGCGGCUGGUGGGGCUGGACGCGCCGCCCAGCGAGGACGAGGACGAGCGGGGCCGGGCCCGCCGCACGCUGCUGCAUGCGCUCACCUUGUUGCUGGGCGUAGUAAAACGCACCUGCGUGCCAAGCGACCCAGACAAGGCGGCUCGAGGCGGGUUCGGCGGCGGCGUGACAGCGGCCGGCAACCCCGUGUGGCGCAACCCCUGCGCCUCGCACGUGCUGCCGCUGUUCCCCGCCGCACUGGCCCUGGCCCGCGCGCUGCACGGCCUGCACGCGCCGCCCGGCGCCGCGCUGCGCCACGCCGCGCACGCGCGCGCCCUCGCCCCGCCCGCCGCCGAGCGCAGGAACCUCCUCGGCCAGCGGGAACACGAGACCCUCACCUCCCGACCACAAGAACGCAUGCAAAGCUUCCUCCACACCCUACACGAGAACUGCUGCCAUCUAGUCGGUGCCGCUGCUACUACACUCGGCCGAGAGCUAUACGCAGUCCCCGGCCUAGCGGGCUUUCUAGCCGAUUCGCUACUCUAUGGCCUUGAGUACCUGCCUGAUCAUUGGCUGCGUCCGAUUGUGAGGAAUGCGUUGAAGCCCUUGAUACAUCACUGCCCGCCGGCACAUUAUGUUGAUGUCGCGAUGCCGCUGUUAGAACAUUUCACGCCUUUUAUGUUGACCCAUUUAUCAGUACGCUGGGACUACAUAUCGUCUCUCUAUGAAUCCGGUAAACUAGAAGAAGAAGGCGGCAGUGAAUCACAAGAAGUACUCGAAGAUAUCCUCGUUAGAAACCUCACUAGGGAACACCUUGAAUUGUUGAAGAUCUCGCUGGUAGACGGAGGUUUAGUAGCUGAAAGCGGAGCAGACGAUAUGGAAGACGACACGACAACCAGCGCAGCUCAGCAGCGAGCCCCGGACCACGUGUCCGAGCUCGGCGCGCUGGUACUGGCGCAGCCUUCUGCCGGCCCUGCCGCCUUGUACACGGUGUUACGAGCGCUAACAUGGAACGACUCGCCGUCGUCCCUCCGCGCGACGGCGCUGGCGCUACCAGCACUCCGCGCGGCGCUGGGCGCGGGGCGCGUGGGCGCGGGCGAGGCGGGCGGCGCGCUCACCGCCGUGCUGCAGGCGCUGCGCGUGCACGGCCAGCACGACGCCAACCAGGCGGCGCUGCUGGCGCUAGCUGUACAGACAUACGAAAUCCUGCGGCCAAUGUUCCCGGGCAUAGUAUCGGUGCUGCGGUCGAUCCCCGAUGUGGACGCGCAUGACCUGCAGCGGCUGGACGAGAAGCUCGCGGCACACAACACCAAGCCUUCCAAGAUUGAUAAGAGCAAACGGGACUUGUUUAAGAAAAUUACUUCUAGGUUGAUCGGGCGCAACGUAGGCCAGCUAUUCAAGAAAGAGGUUUACAUCCUGGACCUGCCGACGAUGCACACAGUGAAGGACAAGCCGCGCAGCGCGCUGGACGCGGCCGAGGGCGCCGGCCUCGAGCGACUGUUCGCCCCCAGCGCCCCCACCUAGCGACCACGUACUGCUGUGUAGCUGUCCCCUUGUUAACUAUGGCAUUAUACAUAUUAUGUAAUAAAAUCUAUUUAUACCGAA